AUGGACAUUGAAGCAUAUUUUGAAAGAAUUGGUUAUAGGAACUCUAGGAAGAAACUGGACUUGGAAACAUUAACUGACAUUCUUCAGCACCAGAUCCGAACCAUUCCUUUUGAGAACCUUAACAUUCAUUGUGGGGAAGCCAUGGAAUUGGGCUUGGAGGCCAUUUUUGAUCAAAUUGUGAGGAGGAACCGUGGUGGGUGGUGUCUCCAGGUCAAUCAUCUUCUAUAUUGGGCUCUGACCACAAUUGGCUUUGAGACCACAAUGUUGGGAGGGUAUGUUUACAGUACUCCAGCCAACAAAUAUAGCAAUGCUAUGAUUCACCUUCUGCUGAAGGUGACUACUGAUGGCAGGAAUUACAUAGUGGAUGCUGGGUUUGGACGCUCUUACCAGAUGUGGCAGCCUCUGGAGUUAAUUUCUGGAAAGGAUCAGCCUCAGGUGCCUUGCAUAUUCCACUUGACAGAAGACAAAGGAAUCUGGUACUUGGACCAAAUCAGAAGAGAACAGUACAUUUCAAAUCAAGAAUUUCUUAAUUCUGAUCUUCUGGAAAAGAACAAAUACCGAAAAAUAUACUCCUUUACUCUUGAACCUCGAACAAUUGAAGAUUUUAAGUCUGUGAAUACAUACCUUCAGAUAUCUCCAACAUCUGUGUUUACAAGCAAGUCAUUCUGUUCCUUGCAGACCUCUGAAGGGGUUCACUGUUUAGUGGGCUGCACCCUUUCCUAUAGGAAAUUCAAUUUUAAAGACAAUAUGGAUUUGAUAGAGUUUAAGAUACUGAAUGAGGAAGAAGUAGAAAAAAAGCUUAAAAAUAUAUUUAAUAUUUCCUUGGAGGGAAAGCUUGUGCCCAAACAUGGUGAUCAGUUUUUUACCAUUUAG